ACAAAACAAAGAGAGGAUGACGUUCUGAAGUUCUGCGAAUCAAGAAGGUCAGAGUAAAAGAGUCGCCAGUAGAAAAGUGGAGUUGAAGUUCAUAACAUGACAAGUUUUGGAUUUUUGCCAAAAAAUAAUGAUUAUUUUCCAAGAAACUCAUCAAGUUCAAGAUGUAGUAAUUUCUUGAUUGGAAUUCUGGACGCGAGAGGAAAUAACCUUGCUCUUUGGAAUGAAUGAACGGAAUGUAACGCACGAGAAGGACAAUUUUGUAAAGUGGUCAGUUCCAAACUGGAUUUUUUGUUUGUGAAAUUAAGUUGUUAAAUUGCUAUAAAUAAAUAUCUUCACCCGUGUUGGGGAAAAAUGGGGGUGCCAAAAAAUAAGCCACUUUUUUGUGGACUCGUCUUACUGCUGGUGACAAUUGUACUCCCGAAAGUGAAAUGUGACCACACCCACGUCGAAGUGAUAAAAUGUCCCGAUUCUCCGUUAAGAUUAAGUGCCCCGUGGAGAAUACAAGUUCCCAGCUACCCAUUCACGAUGAAUGUGACUCUCAGACAAAGCACGCAAACCUUCUUCUACUGCUCGGACAAUCCUGCAACGUCGGUGAAAAACGUAGCCUACUUUUUCACAACGGAGGAAGAGUUGGCCGAGCUCGAGGAAGAGUUUGGACCUCAACAAGCAAGGACUUUUUUGAUGGAGAAGGUUUACCUGACGCCACAGGGAGUGCUGGCCGUCGACCAUGCAAUGUACAGAGGGGACGAGUUCUGUCUUUUUAAUUACACAGCCAUGACACGCAAUGGUCAACCCGAACUGAUAUUUAGAAUCUGUCCUACCAAUUGUAGCAGCAAGGGUUCCGGUACUUCGGCUGUGGAUAAAAAAUCUCUCAGAAAUGAGCCCUGCAUCAAGAAAUGUUGUCCGACCGGUAUGGCUGUCGAUUUUUCUGAAGGACAUCCCGAUUGCCUCCCCUCCUCCCCAGAUCGGAAGGUGUGGGAAGGAAAGUUUUACAACAGCCGGACCUGGAAGAGGAUGUCCCCCGAGGAAGAAGCCAAACUACGCCCCCACUACUUUCAUCACAUCCUAAGCGCAAACUGUACAAAGUUUGAGACCUGGUUCGGAAAAGUGGUCACACAGGGAAAUAAUACAAAUCCGAAGCAGUCAGCGAGAUUGCUUUCGGACGGGAACAUGAUUUACAUAAGUGGAAAUCGACGCUGGGAAGUGCUCGAUGGCGUGGACUUCUGCCUUGACGGGAUGCAAAACAUUGAAAACGAUGAAAGUAGUCCGGUUUCAAAAGAUGAUGGCGAUUCGUGGCCUGAGUCGGAUCAGGUCCUCGUCAUUUGCGCGACGGAUUUCAAAUCGGCUAAAAGUAGGGACCAGUCAAUUGUGUAUAUGUAUUUCCUCUUCGGGGCGGCCUUUUUCUACUGGCUGACCGCCCUGGUGCACGGAUUAUUGUGGGAUAAGCAGAAUUCGAACGGCUGGUCCAUGUUUUGUCUCACUUUGUCGAUGGGUUUUUGGAGUAUUUUUAUGGGGAACGCUCAUCGCCUGGGAUUAGAUGGGGAUCCGGCGUUGAGAAAGUCAAAGACUUGCGUGGCGAAUGCGAUCCUGGCACAUUUCUUUAUGCUGGCUGGAUUCACAUGGCUGACGCUGAUUAAUUACAGCAUUUGGUCAACGUUCAGAACUUUGGCACCACGAGCUGAAGGGAAAAAUCUUAAACAAUUAGUAAAAUUCAUCGUAAUUGGAUUUGGAUUCCCACUAACCAUCGUGUUAGUUGGAGUGACGUUGGAGCAGAUAUAUCCGGACAAGGAGAGCCUGGUCAUCAUCCCAGAAUACGGUCACAAUAUCUGCUUCGUUGCCGAAUAUGCGCAAGGAGUCUACAUCUACUACAUUCUGGGCGUUUUAUUCGUCAUAAUUUUCACCCUGUUUGCAAUGACGUGUCUCAAAUUGCACCAGUUUCAGCAGGACACGGCCACGGUUAGAUCAAAGUCGACUGCAGGGGAUAGGUCGAUGGCCCAACUUUACGCCAAGCUCUCGGUCGUUCUUGGCAUUACUUGGGCCUUUGAAUUCAUCUCCUGGGCUCUCACGAAUGACGGACAAAGCUGGUUUUGGGCUUUUCCCGAUCUAUACAAUCUCCUCACGUCAGUAAUCAUUUUCGUCAUUUAUGCCUGUAAACCAACCACGAUUCAUCAAAUGGAGCAAAAGUACCCCUUCAUUAAACCGGUCACCCAAGCAGUCGGAAAAGUGGUGACGGCGGCGAGACAGACAUUCCAAAGUGAACCAGCCUCCAAUUCGACGGGUACGUCACAUGUUUAUCAGCAAGGUUCAAUUGCCAUGAAUGCGUCAGGACUCGAGAAGGGCGAAUCAAAGUCAGGGAUAGAAAUGUCCAGAGUGGACAUUAGUACAAAGACGAUGGGCGCUGGUGGGGACAAAGAAAUUGUGAAUGGAGAUUCAAAGGAGCGAUAGUUGGAGGUCAGAAUUUUUGUGAUUUUGUUUCGAUUUUUAGAUUCAAGAACAACAAGUAUGUUAAUUUGUUAUUAGUUAAGCCGUAUUGUUUUAUGUGUGCUUUUUACUAAGGAAGAGAAAGUCAAUGCCUGCAUACUUAUUAUUACUCACUCGACAACAACGACACUCAUCAUUGUAUAAUAAGAAAUGUUCAUUUAUACAUUAUAUUGUUUUUAAUUUAUUUGUAUGUAACUUAUCUAGGUACAUGUGUAUGACUAAUCAUGUAAAUAUUUCUAAGAUUUAAACUAAAGAGGACUAUUUAUGUAAUUAUGUAUAGAGAUAUAAGAAAACAACAAUAGUGAAAUAUAAUCAAACGGGAGAUUGCUUACUAUAAA